UUCUGGCUAACUUGGCUGAAGCGUUAGCAGCACCGCACCGACAAACUUCUGGAAAGUUUCUGCUAAGUGACCCCCCCUCCCCCGGUGCUGUCAUGGCCCCCAGCGCGCAGUUAAAGGAGGCGAUAGCUGAUGUACAGGAGGGCAUCCGAGCCAUCCUGCUCGGACCUCCCGGAGCCGGGAAAGGGACUCAGGCUCCUCAGUUAGCUGAGAAGUACUGUGUCUGCCACCUGGCUACAGGAGACAUGUUGAGAGCCAUGGUGGCUUCAGGCUCAGAGCUCGGCAGGAGGCUGAAGGAGACCAUGGACUCCGGCAAGCUGGUCAGCGAUGAGAUGGUGGUGGAGCUCAUAGAGAAGAACCUGGACACACCUGCCUGCAGGAACGGUUUCCUGUUGGACGGAUUUCCCCGAACGGUCAAACAAGCUGAGAUUCUGGACGGCUUGUUGGACAAGAGAGAUGAGAAGCUGGACUCAGUGAUCGAAUUCUCCGUGGACGAUUCUCUGCUGGUUCGCAGGAUCUGUGGCAGACUCAUUCAUCAGCCCAGUGGUCGCUCCUACCACGAGGAGUUCAACCCCCCCAGAAAGCCCAUGAAGGAUGAUGUGACAGGCGAGCCGCUCAUCCGCCGCAGCGACGACAACGAGACGACGCUACGCUCUCGUUUGGACGCCUACCACCGCCAGACGUCCCCUCUGGUACGCUACUACAGCGCCAGGGGUCUGCACACGGCCGUCGACGCUUCCCAGAGCCCAAACGUUGUCUUCGCCUCCAUCGUAGCCGCCUUCUCUGCAGCCACAGAGGUCCCAGCUCGCGCCACUGCCUGUAAAGACCAAGUGUUCUUCAUUUAACCUCUCUCUUCUUUCCUGUUUCCCAUUCUGCUUUUCCCUUCGUGUUGGAGAUGUAUAUAGAAGAUCUGGAGUGUCAGAGUGGCAACAAAACAUAACAAUGUUAACAAGGACAAUAGGAGCUGAAAAAGCCAGUCGUACUUGUUUCCAAGGUGACAUGUUGAAAGUGUGGAAGCGAUCAAUGGGAGCCUUGCUGCCUUUGACUGGAACAGUUUCGAUGAAUUAUUCUGACAUUUAGCUGAGCUGAAUGCUGCCAACAGCUCCAUAGACAACAUUCCUAAAACUUGCCCCUUUGUUGCAGGACACAGUUGCUCCUGUUUAACUUCCCUUUUCUUCUUGGGACCUUCAGAUUAAAGGAUCCUUUGUUUUCCUCCCAUUCCAGCUUUUCCUUCUGCUGUAACUUCACCUGCCCUCAAAACCAGCAGCCUGGUUGGAUUCGUGUCAUUUCCAGCUGUGGAUAGGCAUAGAAAAAAUAUUUGUUUCAGAACCCGACUCCCUGUCCCAUUGCCUAAAUCAGUGGUUCCCAGUGCUGUCUGGGGGUUCUGAAUCAAAGGGUCAGGUCUGGAGAUCCUUUCAAAGUUAAUUGUAAAGCAUCAUUAUGCUCUAAAUGUUAGACAAUCAGGUGCUGAUGCUGUUUAGGUUGUCAUAAAAGCCCUGUUUUAACUGGUUGAGUUGGUCACUGAACCAAUUAGUCGGGUCACGAGUCUCCAGUUAUUUUAUAGUUCUUAAGCUAAAAAGUAUGAGAACCACUGGUCUACAUGAUAAAAAUCUGAGGGAGUAAAACAAACCAUCAAACCACUUUAAUGCUGUUUUUUCUAUGACACAUCCAUCCAUCAAUCCAUCGUCCAUCCAUGCAUCUUCUCUUUCCUCCACCGUUGCAUGUAAAGCUUGACCAAUGUAGAAGGAUCUCAUAAAUUCAUGCUGAACGUUUUGCUUCCAUGCUUUUAGAACGGGUUGAGAAAACAGGAAAUUUGAAUCGGAGUGUGGAGCUUUGAAAUGAAAAAAUGUUCCAGAACCCUGAGUUUGGGUCAACGGUGCAGGAUGGACUGAGGGUUUUUGUUUAUGAAGGGACUUUACCGUUCAGCAGUUAGAAAUACAACUCCGCCUUGUAUUUUUAAUCGAUUUCUUUUAAUAUAAUACCAGCAAUGUUUGUGAUGGUAGCUACAGGCUGAUCAGUAUCUAGAACAUGGCAAACGAAGAAGUCAGGCUCUUUCUGAUGCUUGGACUCCCAAUACAUGUUAAGCUUCAGUUCAUCUUAAAUUCUGCUGUUUGAUCGGACCCAGCAAAGGCUCAGCCCAACUGUACCAUUACUGGAGAAAUAUGGAGUCCCUGCUGCUGGAAGACGUUUGAUCAGUUGGUUCACUUUGGAGAUCAACAAAAAAACCAGACUAUCAGAGCGAGCCUGCAGACGUUCAAGAAGUGCUUCAGUAGGCUGAUUGAGAGGAAGCAGGGCUCCAACAACCCCCAUCUGGAAGUGACAACAGAAGCUGCACAACUAAAGAAGAGACAGAUGAGCAGAAACAAGAGCUGCCAUGUUUUCAUGAGUAACUAAGAAGUUAGUUGAGUUGCAAAAGAAACCAGAAUCUACAGCCAUCGAUCCAAAGUAAGCUUUAAGCGAUGUUUGCCAAGGUGGUUCUGAAGCCAGCUGUGCAGUGUGUCUACCUGUUCUUCAGGAAAGGCAGAUCUCAGUGUCGACCCAACCCAAUCUGUUGGAACCUGAUUAAUGAAGAAUUUCGUUGUUAUUGUUAGUGAAAGCCUCAAAGAAACUAAGGUAUUAGAAAAGCCGGAGGAGCUGCUACAAGGGACCAACAGUGGUGUUUUUGGAUCAUGAGUCCAACUUUCUCCCAACUGCCUGGUCUGAAGCAAACAUAUGUUAUCCAGGAUGGACAUAUGGGUCAGUAGGAACACAUUUAGGUGUCGGAACCGACAUAAAAGAGCCAGGAUGGGCCACAGCUGUGUCAUUUUACUGAGCCAGAA